GUAAUUAUGGGCGUAAACAGUGUAGAAGAGGGCCAUAAGAUUAUAGAUGAGCUUAAGACUGAAGACCAGGAGAUGGUGUUUGACGUGAAGGCCCUACACCUGGACCUGUCAUCCCUUGAAUCUGUGCGCAAAUUCGCCAAACAAGUGGCCAAAGAGGAGCCAAAAAUCGAUGUACUGAUCAAUAGUGGCGAACGACUGGUCGGCAAACUAGUCAUCACUGACGAGGGCUUUGAGAAGCAAUUUGUCGAAAACUAUUUGGGUCACUUCCUAUUGACACACCUAUUACUGGAUAACCUAAAGGCGGCGCCCAAUGGACGGGUAAUCAACGUGUCGGAUAUGUUGCACCACAUCGGCUCCAUUGACUUCACGGACCUGAACCUGACCCGCGAGUACAACCUAUUUCUGGCCUACGCGCGUAGCAAACUGGCCCAGGUGCUGUUCACCCGGGAACUGGCCGAUCGGCUCCGGGAGACACCGGUCACUGUGUAUGCGCUCAACACCAAUAUAUGGCGCCAUUGGAAGCCCUUCCCAGAGGAGGACUGGCGGCACGUGUUCAAUAUAUCGGAUGAGUCCUGA